AUGUGUGGAAGUAGAUGUGAAGUCGUUCAGGAGAAGAUGUGUGGAAGUAGAUGUGAAGUCGUUCAGGAGAUGAUGUGUGGAAGUAGAUGUGAAGUCGUUCAGGAGAAGGUGUGUGGAAGUAGAUGUGAAGUCGUUCAGGAGAAGAUGUGUGGAAGUAGAUGUGAAGUCGUUCAGGAGAUGAUGUGUGGAAGCGAGGAAAGAGACCAAAAGAAGCAAGGACAAACAGAAACACAACCUGACAGACAGACUGGCAGAAACACAGUCAAGCUUACAGAGAGUCAGACAAAAACAGUACCUGCAGACACAGACAGACUGGCAGAAACACAGUCAAGCUUACAGAGAGUCAGACAAAAACAGUACCUGCAGACACAGACAGACUGGAAGAAACACAGUCAAGCUUACAGAGAGUCAGACAAAAACAGUACCUGCAGACACAGACAGACUGGCAGAAACACAGUCAAGCUUACAGAGAGUCAGACAAAUACAGUACCUGCAGACACAGACAGACUGGCAGAAACACAGUCAAGCUUACAGAGAGUCAGACAAAAACAGUACCUGCAGACACAGACAGACUGGCAGAAACACAGUCAAGCUUACAGAGAGUCAGACAAAAACAGUACCUGCAGACACAGACAGACUGGCAGAAACACAGUCAAGCUUACAGAGAGUCAGACAAAUACAGUACCUGCAGACACAGACAGACUGGCAGAAACACAGUCAAGCUUACAGAGAGUCAGACAAAAACAGUACCUGCAGACACAGACAGACUGGCAGAAACACAGUCAAGCUUACAGAGAGUCAGACAAAAACAGUACCUGCAGACACAGACAGACUGGCAGAAACACAGUCAAGCUUACAGAAAGUCACACAAAAACAGUACCUGCAGACACAGACAGACUGGAAGAAACACAGUCAAGCUUACAGAGAGUCAGACAAAAACAGUACCUGCAGACACAGACAGACUGGCAGAAACACAGUCAAGCUUACAGAGAGUCAGACAAAUACAGUACCUGCAGACACAGACAGACUGGCAGAAACACAGUCAAGCUUACAGAGAGUCAGACAAAAACAGUACCUGCAGACACAGACAGACUGGAAGAAACACAGUCAAGCUUACAGAGAGUCAGACAAAAACAGUACCUGCAGACACAGACAGACUGGCAGAAACACAGUCAAGCUUACAGAGAGUCACACAAAAACAGUACCUGCAGACACAGACAGACUGGCAGAAACACAGUCAAGCUUACAGAGAGUCAGACAAAAACAGUACCUGCAGACACAGACAGACUGGCAGAAACACAGUCAAGCUUACAGAGAGUCACACAAAAACAGUACCUGCAGACACAGACAGACUGGCAGAAACACAGUCAAGCUUACAGAGAGUCACACAAAAACAGUACCUGCAGACACAGACAGACUGGAAGAAACACAGUCAAGCUUACAGAGAGUCAGACAAAAACAGUACCUGCAGACACAGACAGACUGGCAGAAACACAGUCAAGCUUACAGAGAGUCAGACAAAAACAGUACCUGCAGACACAGACAGACUGGCAGAAACACAGUCAAGCUUACAGAGAGUCACACAAAAACAGUACCUGCAGACACAGACAGACUGGCAGAAACACAGUCAAGCUUACAGAGAGUCAGACAAAUACAGUACCUGCAGACACAGACAGACUGGCAGAAACACAGUCAAGCUUACAGAGAGUCAGACAAAAACAGUACCUGCAGACACAGACAGACUGGCAGAAACACAGUCAAGCUUACAGAGAGUCACACAAAAACAGUACCUGCAGACACAGACAGACUGGCAGAAACACAGUCAAGCUUACAGAGAGUCAGACAAAAACAGUACCUGCAGACACAGACAGACUGGAAGAAACACAGUCAAGCUUACAGAGAGUCAGACAAAAACAGUACCUGCAGACACAGACAGACUGGCAGAAACACAGUCAAGCUUACAGAGAGUCAGACAAAAACAGUACCUGCAGACACAGACAGACUGGCAGAAACACAGUCAAGCUUACAGAGAGUCACACAAAAACAGUACCUGCAGACACAGACAGACUGGCAGAAACACAGUCAAGCUUACAGAGAGUCAGACAAAUACAGUACCUGCAGACACAGACAGACUGGCAGAAACACAGUCAAGCUUACAGAGAGUCAGACAAAAACAGUACCUGCAGACACAGACAGACUGGAAGAAACACAGUCAAGCUUACAGAGAGUCAGACAAAAACAGUACCUGCAGACACAGACAGACUGGAAGAAACACAGUCAAGCUUACAGAGAGUCAGACAAAAGCAGUACCUGCAGACACAGAUCUCUAGACAGAAUGGCAGAAACACAGUCAAGCUUACAGAGAGUCAGACAAAAACAGUACCUGACAGACAGGGGUCAACACACACAGAGACAGAUAGACAGACAGACAGACAAAGGAAAACUGUACCAGAAGAAACACGGACAGACAACCAGACAAAGGAAAAACUGUACCAGAAGAAACACGGACAGACAGACAGACAAAGGAAAACUGCACCAGAAGAAACACGGACAGACACGCAGACAAAGGAAAAACUGUACCAGAAGAAACACGGACAGACAGACAGACAAAGAAAAAACUGUACCAGAAGAAACACGGACAGAAAGACAGACAGACAAAGGAAAACUGUACCAGAAGAAACACGGACAGACAGACAGACAGAGGAAAAACUGCACCAGAAGAAACACGGACAGACAGACAGACAAAGAAAAAACUGUACCAGAAGAAACACGGACAGAAAGACAGACAGACAAAGGAAAACUGUACCAGAAGAAACACGGACAGACAGACAGACAAAGGAAAAACUGUACCAGAAGAAACACGGACAGACAGACAGACAAAGGAAAACUGCACCAGAAGAAACACGGACAGACAGACAGACAAAGAAAAAAACUGUACUAGAAGAAACACGGACAGAAAGACAGACAGACAAAGGAAAACUGUACCAGAAGAAACACGGACAGACAGACAGACAAAGAAAAAACUGUACCAGAAGAGACACGGACAGAAAGACAGACAGACAAAUGAAAACUGCACCAGAAGAAACACGGACAGACAGACAGACAAAGGAAAAAAUGUACCAGAAGAAACACGGACAGACAGAUAGACAAAGGAAAAACUGCACCAGAAGAAACACGGACAGACAGACAGACAAAGAAAAAACUGUACCAGAAGAAACACGGACAGAAAGACAGACAGACAAAGGAAAACUGUACCAGAAGAAACACGGACAGACAGACAGACAGACAAAGGAAAACUGUACCAGAAGAAAAACGGAGACAGACAGACAGACAAAGGAAAAACUGUACCAGAAGAAACACGGACAGACAGACAGACAGAGAAAGGAAAAACUAUACCAGAAGAAACACGGAGACAGAUAG